AUGUCUGAGUCAACCCCACUUGUCCGCCUUAACAUUCACAACAACAUCCUCACCUCAGUCACAGCACCUUCUCGCUGUCCUCGGUGCUAUGGUUCACAUGCAACUUCUUACCUGUGUCUCCGAGCGGUAAAAAUCGGCAACCACGACCGUGCUCUUGCAGAAUUGUACGAUGUUGCUGAGGCUAUUGGCUCUAUGACUAUCGAAGAUACAGACCUUGAAGCCAACUUACUCAUGGAACUCACGAGAGCCAGACGAGAGGUAUUCAGAGCCAAAAAAUUGCUGGCUGACUGUGUGGUCCGUGAGCAUGAAGUCAUGGCGACUUUAUCGAAGUUUAAAUCCAGCAUAUCCGAGCACAAACUUGACAAGGCAGACAUCGGAUUAGGAUGCAUGUGGAUCACCUUUAAAAAACACAGUCUUUCUCACCAUGCGUCUCUGCAUAGUUCUCACAUCAAGUCGCAGGCCGCCAGUCAAAACAUUACUAUCAAGUUGGAUUGA